AUUUCGAAGACUGAACACCGGGAUUACUUCGAAAACUAAGAAGUAUUUGAAAGGUUUUGUGAAUACCGCAAAUGGAGACCACAUCAUCCAAGUUACUUUUAAGUGUAUUUCUACUAUGGGUGGCUUCGUAUUCUCCAGCGGCAGCGAAGCAAGAUGAGAGAAUGGUCAAAGUAGUUGAAUGCUUUUCGAUGACAAUUGUGGGUUGCGUUAGGGACACUGAGGAAUGGAAGGCAGCGAAAGCUGUCGUUGCAUGCGUAGAAGAGAGAGGCUUUGGGUAUUUACCGGUGUGCAUAAUGGAACGGGUAUCUCGUAUUAGGAGGAUCUUUCAAUGCGUUACCAAGAUUUCUCAGGAAUCUAAUCCGUUCAAACAUUGUAAGGGAUUAUAAAAAAGGACCGACUAACUUUCCAAAUCAAAGAGAUAGAUAGAGUAUAGAAAGCAACAAUUGGGAACC